GGGUGUCCCGAGUUAGCCGUGACUUCACUGCCUGUCUGGUUUCCUCAUCUGGCAUUUUGGACACGUCAAGAGCGGUAGCUUGACUGUUGAGGGAGUGUGAUGUCAGAAGCGAAGAACCCGGCCCCUGCUGGCGACACGUACAAAGGAUGGGUCUUCAAGUGGACGAACUACAUCAAGGGUUACCAGCGACGGUGGUUCGUGCUGAGCAAUGGGCUGUUGUCGUACUACAGGACCCAGGCAGAGAUGGGUCACACAUGCCGGGGCACGAUCAACUUGGCCACAGCAACCAUCACGGUGGACGACGCCUGCAACUUCGUCAUCUCUAACGGGGGGGCUCAGACGUACCACCUGAAGGCCAGCUGUGAGGUGGAGCGGCAGAAGUGGAUCACCGCCCUGGAGCUGGCUAAAGCCAAAGCUGUCCGCAUGCAGGCCGAGUCUGACGAUUCAGGCGACGACUUCUCUUCAUCGCCCCUCCCGGCGGCGCCCUGUCAGGGUGGGUGCUCGCAGAACCCCGAGGUCCACUCUACUCUCAGAACCCUGGGCAGCAAAGUGGAGGAUCUCAGCACCUGCAACGAUCUGAUCUCGAAGCACGGCUCUGCCCUCCAGAGGUCUUUGUCCGAACUGGACAGUUUACGUCUGAACACGGAGGCCGGGGAGAAGAUUCGCCAGGUGACGGAAAGAGCCACGCUGUUCCGCAUCACCUCCAACGCCAUGAUUAACGCCUGCAGGGACUUCCUCGCCCUGGCGCAGGCUCACAGUAAGCGAUGGCAGAAGGCGCUGCAGGCGGAGCGGGAGCAGAGGGUGCGACUGGAGGAGGCCUUGGAGCAGCUAGCUAAACAGCACAAUCACCUGGAGCGAGCGUUCAGAGGGGCGGCGCAGGCUAACGCCUCUGUGGACAGCAAGGGUGCUGUGGGGCCGGGGAAAGGCGAAGGCAGCGACGAGGAAGACGAAAACGAGUUUUUUGACGCCAUGGAGGAGGCUCCUGAAUUCAUCACUGUACCCGCUGACCCGCAGUUCCACAAAAGAUCGAGCAGCAACGCCAGCGGUCUCAACAGUGAAAUGUGCGCCGAUGAUCAGUCUCUCAACGAGGAGCCUCUGGCGAUGAACCAGGAGUCCCCCUCUCAGGACUUGGUGCCCCUAAAAAAGAGGCGAGUGCGCAUCCCGGACAAACCGAACUACUCCCUCAACCUGUGGAGCAUCAUGAAGAACUGCAUCGGCAAAGACCUGUCCAAGAUCCCGAUGCCUGUGAACUUCAACGAGCCAAUUUCCAUGCUGCAGCGUUUGUCCGAGGACCUUGAAUAUCACGAGCUGCUGGAUAAGGCCGCCAAGUGCCACAGCUCUCUGGAGCAGAUGUGCUACGUGACGGCCUUCUGCGUGUCCGCCUACUCCACCACCGUCUACCGCACGGGAAAGCCCUUCAACCCUCUGCUGGGGGAGACAUUUGAGCUGGACCGCCGAAGGGAAAGCGGCUACCGCUCCCUUUGUGAGCAGGUGAGUCACCACCCGCCGGCAGCGGCUCAUCAUGUGAUAUCUGAACGUGGCUGGACUCUGAGGCAGGAGAUCACCGUUGCCAGCAAGUUUAGAGGAAAAUACUUGUCCAUUAUGCCUUUAGGCACAAUACAUGCAUCCUUUGCUAAGAGCAACAAUCACUACACGUGGAAGAAAGUCACCACCACAGUGCACAACAUUAUUGUAGGGAAGCUAUGGAUCGACCAGUCUGGGGAGAUCGAUGUCGUGAACCACACCACAGGAGAUCGCUGCCACCUGAAGUUUGCACCUUACAGCUAUUUCUCCAGAGACGUAGCCAGAAAGGUGACGGGUGUGGUGAUGGACAAGGAUGGAAAGGCCCACUACGUGCUGUCAGGCACGUGGGACGAGAAGAUGGAGUUUUCCCGGGUGAUGCAGAGCAGCCGAGGAGGAGAGAACGGCACCGAGGGCAAACAGAAGACGGUUUAUCAAACCCUCAAAGCCAGAGAACUGUGGAAGAGAAACCCUCUACCUGACGGAGCAGAAAACAUGUACUUCUUCACGGCUCUGGCCCUGACCCUGAACGAGCUCGAGGAGGGCGUGGCGCCCACCGACAGCCGGCGGCGGCCUGACCAGCGUCUGAUGGAGGACGGCCGCUGGGACGAAGCCAACGGCGAAAAGCAGCGUCUGGAGGAGAAGCAGCGUAGCGCUCGGCGCGAGCGCGAACGGGAGGCCGCGAGCCAGCGCGCCUCCAGCCAAUCAGACGACGCUGUCGAUGAGGACUCUUUUGCUGAUCACUCCCUCAAAAGUGCGCCUCACGACAACUACAGAGCCCGGUGGUUCGAGCUCUGCCAGGACCAGUUCACAGGUGAGCAAGUUCAUAUCUAUAAGGGAGGCUACUGGGAAGCCAAGGAGCUCGGCAGCUGGGAGGGAUGCCAGGAUAUAUAUUGACCUCGGCGCUGGACGACCAUCACAACGCCCCCCCGGUUGUCCCCACCCCUUCUUCUUGGAUGACUGCUUCCCUCCAGCCGCUCUCUGUUCUAAGAGAUCCCCCCGGACGGUCACUGCUGUCUUGAGAGGAAACAAGAAAGAGAGCAAUUCUUCACCUCCUGCGUCCCACUUCGGCUGUCGUUUCCUUAAAGUCUUUAUUGCUGUCGUUUAUCUGAGGGGACUGGAGUUUAAACGAGAAAAUGUCUUUGGGGUUCUUGGUUCGGGUCAGCGUAAGGAGGAAGGAAUGAAAUAAGCUGUGCUUCCAGUCAGUCAGAUCAGGAGCAGAACAAGUUUCGAAGCGGACCCCAGCCUGCGUGUUAAUGUGGCUCCUCUGGUGAUAACGCUAAAACGAUUACGGAACAACUUGGGUAAUAUAUUCGUUUCUAUUUAAAUCUGAUUGCGGAGUUGUUAAAAUGUCAACUAGUGGCCUUCAAAACAUUAAGAAUUCUUGUGUUUGUCUCUGAUUUUAGUGUCUUAAUGUAACGUUGUGAAGGUUUGCUUGUGUUCGUGUGUAUGACGGCGUUUCAGCUCUUCCAUUAUUAAAACAACAAAACACGGCAGCUGUGGAUCACAGUGUGCUUAAGACUUGAUUGUCUGGAAUACUUGUCGACCAUCAACACUGUCAUAUUUUAUCUUUUUUUUUUUCCUUCAAUGUAGGCCUAAGGGAAAAUGUAAACAAAAACAAAAGUCAUGGGUCGGGUACAAGGUCUAAAUGUGUAUCGUUGCCUUAAAAAGGAGCAAACUGCUUCAGCUUGUAUUUACGUCACAGCUACAAGAACAAAUCUAAAUUUACGGUGAGUUUCUCAUACAAACACUUUGUCCUCUGUUAAAGGGAUAGCUUCAAUCUUUUCAAUUGGGGUUUUGUGGAAAGGUUAUUAGCAGUUAGUAUCUUACCUGUUGUCGAUAACUUUUUGAACAACCUCAAAUUGGAGGAAUAUGGUUUAAUUUGGUCCAGAAUAAUAAGCAAACUGCUAAAUGAGGCAAGCUAAGCUUAAAGUGGAUUGCUAAUGUCCUAAAACAUCUGCAGUUGAGAAAUUUAGUUUAGUAUUUUACGUUAACGCUAUUUUUAUUUAUUUUUUUGCAAUGCCAGACAUUUGAAGUUACAUGACUCAGCAGAAAUGGAGGCGCCAUAGCUAUACCAGAAAUUAGCUAGCUGCUGCCUUAACGUAAAAAAAUAAAUAAAUAAACAUUUUAAAUUAAUUUAAUAAAACUGUAAGGAUUAAUAAAAAACGUUCGAACGAACCUUUAGAAAAUUUUAGAAAUUGGAGUUUUAGGUGAGCAGCAAUCCUCUUUAAUCUUUUUUAGUCAAUCCAGUCUCAGUGAAACUAAUUCUCCAAUCUGAGGUUCUUCAAAGAGCUAUCUACAACAGGUAAGAUAUUGAUUGCUUAUAACCUUUCCACAGAAUGUCACUUGUAAAGCUCUGAAAUCCAUUUUAAAAUCUCACUUGAAUGGUUUUAUUCCACAACUGUUAAUAAAACGACUCCUUUGUCCCAGUAUUGGAAUAUUUUGUCAUAAAAAAAAACGAGUUGGAUUAAAAUUCAACCAAUUUUCAAAGCUGAGGUGAGUUGGUACGUUAAAAAAAAAAUCCAUAAACUAAACGCUGUGCUGAAAAUAAAAAAAGACACAUCGUGUGUCUGCUGAGGAGUUCGCACAUAUGCAAGUAUAAUUUAACACCAAAAACACGAGGUGUGUGUGUGUUUGUGUGCAAUCCAUCAAUUUCUUUGUAAGUGUACUUAAAACAUGAAGAAUAAGCGGAAGAGUUUAAAAACUUUGCAAAUAACGAGUUUAUAAAUGUGUAGAAAUUCACACGAUAGUAUUGACAACCGUAUUGUAGUUUCUUUUUCUUUUCUCCGAUGUUUUUGGGUUCUUGUAAUAUUUGGAGAAGAUUGUCUUCAUUUUCAGGAAAAAGGGAGUUUAUGUACUUGACUCGGCAGAGACAUGACGUCGUUCAGUAUUUUGUAUUUGCACAGAUUUCAAAACAAUCUGUAAUAAAUACUGACAUGUCAAA